CGACAUCCGUUAAAGAUCUCCAUGGCAGCCCCCAUGAAUCUGUGAUAUUCCAAAGUCAUUCUACUCAUUAUCUGGUAGUCUAACAACAUCAGGGGAGUCUAGAAGGUUAAUCUCUUGCGAGGAGCUCUCGAAUUUCACAGUCAAUAUGUCCGCGUCCCAGUGUCCUCUCAUAUUUCGUCUCAUGGCAUGCUCUAUUGGAGCAGCCAACAAGGCUGGGUCAAUCAUUCGAGAUGUCAGCCGAAAAAGUGAUUUUGGUGUCGUGGAAAAAGCCAAAGAUGACUUGCAGACAGAAGCAGACCGGAGUUCCCAGCGAUGCAUUGUCGCAUCCCUAAAACACAGCUUUCCUGACCUUACUGUCAUCGGCGAGGAAGAAGGACUAAAUAUGGAUCUAACUGAGAUUCCCUCUGAUUGGAUCGUCUCACCUAGUCCCCAUCUUCAACACUUCCAGGAUCUGAACUGCCCAGAGAAUUGGGCAUGCCUUCAACCUUCAGAAGUUGUUGUCUGGGUUGACCCUAUGGAUGGAACCAGUGAAUUCACUGAAGGCCUACUGGACAUGGUGACGGUAUUGAUAGGAGUGUCUCAUGGAGGUCGUGCAAUUGGUGGAGUGAUCCAUCAGCCUUUCUUCUCAUCUGAGGGAAGAACCGUCUGGGCUUUGGAGGGGCUCCCUAUCUUUCCCCCCAUCGGAAAGAUAGGCUCUCGACCCCCUGGUUCGAGGGACUUGACCACCACUCGGUCUCAUCGAUCGAAAGUAGGCAGUGACUGCAUCGAAGCCUUCAAGCCGUCCAACAUCGUGAGGAGUGGUGGAGCCGGAAAUAAGGUGCUGAUGGUGGUUGAGGGAAAGGUAGACGCAUAUGUGUAUGCAUCCACUGGAACUAAAAAGUGGGACACUUGUGCCCCAGAAGCCAUUCUCCGUGCAGCAGGGGGCAUCCUCACAGACAUCCAUGGAUCUCCUCUACCAUAUGAUAGAGAUGCUCAGCACAUGAACGCUCGUGGGAUCUUGGCAUCACGCUCUCUGGAAUUGCAUGAGGAACUCCUGGCUAUGGUCCCCCAACAUGUCAAGGAUGCACUUUCCUAGUCCAAUGUUAUUAUUAUUCCUGUUUCCCGUGUUUUCGCCCAUAACUGAUGUGUUCCAUGUUGCGGUCCGAUAAGUAUUCAGCACCAUGUGUCCCGGCUGAAGUUCUUUGUUUCACCACGCAAGGUGCAUACCAAACCUUUCAUUAAUUCUAUGAAUAAAUUUGCAUAUGGGGU